CUAGCGGUCCAGCCUGACUGCGCGCACUGCUACCUUGUCCAUGUUAUUCUUCUUGAGCCAUGCCGGCCUUUCUGCUGAUGAUCAUGUUCUUGAUUUUCUCUUGACCAAUCUCGAUGCACUGGACUUGGUGAAUCUUGCGCUGACGUCUUCUGUUUGCUGCUGGCGCCUAGGCCGGGGGUACCUGCCAUGCAAGUCAAGACAAAACUUAGAGACGCCUGGCCACUGUCCAGCUUCAGACGCCUGGCCACUUGUGCAACAGUGUUCAUGUGAGAAACUGAUGCCAACUGCAGCGUUUUCCACAAGACAAUUCACCGGCGGGCUGGCAUUUUUCUACUUUGCAGCCAUGGCUUUGGACUUGCCUGUGACUCGUCCUUUGCACCUGGAAGCCACACGGCCUGUGAAGGCGCACGGCGCCUCCAAAUCAACCUCAUCACCCUUUGUCACAACAUCGAGGGUGUCUGCUGCGCUGGCCUUGGCUGGUUUGGCGAGGCAAUGUGGCGUGCUGCGUCGCGCAACCGCAGUGAAGAAGAAAGGCGUGCGUGUGGUGGAGGGCAAGGAGAUCCCCUGGAAUCUCUUCAGCCCAAAGGCCCCUUACAAGGGGAGCACUGUGAGCAAGGAGACCAUCACCAGCAAGACUCCAUUGGUGAAUUGGGAGACUUGCCAUGUGAUCAUGGACCAUGGAGGAAAAGUGCCAUACAUUGAGGGUCAGUCCAUUGGCAUAAUUGCCCCCGGCCCUGACAAGAAGGGCGAGACCCCCGCCAAAAUCCGUUUGUAUAGUAUUGCAUCUUCAGCUCCAGGUGACGACGAGAAGAACAAUACCGUAUCUUUGGUAGUGAAGCGUGUGGUUGAGGUGGCUGGCCGUGGCUGGUGUGAGUACUCCAAUGUCGAGAAGGGAAAGGAUCCGGAAUUUCCAGAUGCCGCGAAGGUCUAUCGUGGUGUGUGCUCCAGCCACAUUUGCGAUCUCAAUGCCGGAGAUGAUGUGUUGAUUACCGGCCCAACUGGUGCAGAGAUGCUUCUUCCAGAAGAUCCAGAGGCCAAUAUGAUCUUUAUGGCAACCGGCACUGGCAUUGCCCCGUUCCGAUCUCAUUUGCGAAAUCUCUUUCAUGACAGAGUCUCCAAGGGCAAAUUCAAGGGUGUUGCGUGGCUAUUCUUGGGCGUGCCAUUCUCCCAAUCCUUGCUCUAUGACGAGGAGUGGAAGGAGAUGCAGGCGGAGUACCCAGAUCAGUUCCGCUAUGACUAUGCAGUCUCCUCUGAGGAGAAGAGUGAGAAGAAUAAGAUCAACGGUGAAAUGUGGGUGCAGCACAAGAUGAUGCAGUAUGCUGAUGACCUAUGGGAGUUGGUGAAGGAUCCCAAGACUCAUGUCUACAUGUGCGGCCUUAAGGGCAUGGAGAGCGGCUUUGCUGAGUGCUUUCAGGAGCGAGUGGAGGCCGAGGGCAUGGUUUAUGCUGAGUUCUUGAAGAAAAUGAAGAAGGACAAGCGUUAUCACGUAGAAGUCUACUGAGCGGGCAGGUUUUAGACUUGAGGUUCGGAUUCCGGCUGGCUGUGCCAGUUAGUGGCAGCUUGUCGGCGCCAAGCUAAUUGAACACAGAGCAGAUGAUACCUGCCCCUGUAAUAUGACAUCAUCAUCAUCACACCAACCAACAUCGGUUGUUUGUGUUUUCAUAUAGCGCCAACAUGCAAGUCUCCAACUCGAACAUGUUUGGCGACAUCGCAGUGUCGCCAUUUUCAGUUUGCCUCGAGGCAGCCCAAACAAAUAUUUGGGUGUAAAGCACUGCAGUUCAAUUUUUCAACUGACUUGGGUCAGUGGCGACCGCUUUGGCUUCAGGAGCCAUCUGCACUCCAAAGGAGCCAGACUCAUCGUUCUUU